AUGGAGAGAGAGGCCAAGAAACGUGAUGCCAAUGCUUUGAGCAUCAUUCAACAAGCUGUAGACGGCCCGAAUUUGGACCGUAUAGCUGAAGCAAAAUCCGCACAUGAUGCCUGGGAAACCCUGAGAAAACAAUGCCAGGGAACUUCCAAGGUGAUGGCGGUGAGGAUUCAGGCUCCUCGGCAAGACUUCAAAACACUUCAGACGAGAGAUGAUGAAGGAGUUCAGGAAUAUAUCUCUCGAGUUGUCACCAUUACAAAUCAGAUAAAAGCCCUCGGUCACAAACUCAAAGAGCCGGAGGUUGUGUCUAAGAUUCUUCGGAGCUUAGCUCCAAAGUUUGAUUGGGUGGCAGUGGCAAUUGAGGAGUCCAAGGAGAUCUCAAAACUCAAUCUUGAUGACCUCUGUGGUACACUUCAAGCACAUGAGGUGAAAGUGAACCGCUCGGCUGUGAAGACUGGAGAGAAAGUCUUUCUCUCUAGGAGUGAACCCAUGAGCAGCAACCUGAAUAGAGGUAACUCCUCUGGUAGCUCCUGGGAUGAAGGCAGGGACCGUGGGAGGACCUACACUCACGGGCAAGGAAGGAGCCCUCGAGGACGAGGAAGAGGAGGAGAGAGCGGCCGAGGAAGAGUGGCUGAAUGCAAAAUGAGGGAGAAACAACAAGAAUUAGGAGCAAAUCUCAUGGCAAAAGAAAGUGAAGCUGGGAAUCUAUUUAUGGUGAGAAGUUUCAGCGAAACUCAACAAACUUAUCAAAAAUCAGUGUGGUUAAUCGAUUCGGGGUGUUCGAAUCAUAUGACUGGGGACAAAUCUCUUUUUAGCAGCCUGGAUGAAUCACUGAAAAUUAGUGUGAGACUCGGAGACAAUAAAGAAAUGAAAGUCCAAGGUGUUGGGACUGUGUCCAUGAACACACAAUCUGGAGAACGGAAGAGUGUACAUGAUGUUCAAGGAUACUCAGUCGUGUUUGAGAAUGAUGAGUGCAUCAUCACUAACAAUUCACUGAAGAACCAAAGAAUAGUAAUUGCAAGAUCCAGCAAUAACAUGUUUCCACUAAAGAUGGCCAACAUUGAGAACUUGAAUGUAGCUGUGAAGGAUCAAUCUCCUGAAGAAUUGUGA